GAGACGAGUCGAGCAGAGAGAGCUGCUUUUUCGUGAAACGGGAGUAAAGUAGUAAACUUACAGGAUCAUAUACAACUACCUACUUUUUAAUCGAUAUCUGCAUCGAUCUACCCACCGUUGUCUCUUGGAUUGUAGCUGAGAUCAGCACGAACCACGUGUGUCUCAGCUUCCUGAUCUGUUAAUUGUGUUUGGAAAGGCUUCUAGCUUAAUCACAGAGUUCUCUCAUUCGUGGGCUCAUCUAAAGCAGCUCCUGAAACGCAAGACUGCCACACAUCUGUUCGACCAACGCCAGUUAAUCUAAACGCCAGUAGAUCUGGAACACCGGUCGCAUGACAGCCACUGGAAGCCGACGGGUAAAGACAUCGGUUGUUAUCGAAUGACGUCGUUGAAGAGAAAUUGUUCAAGAACACUCCAGCUCACAUGUUAGUCUGCUCCAAGCAUUUCCACAAAGGAGCAGAACAGUCUGUUGGAGCACCAGAGGAACAAUUUCAGUCAUUUGGACUCAGCUCAGCCACUACAGAGGAAACAAUGUCUUCAACACAAAAGGACCAACAUGGAGGGAGAAGUCAGCGCUCUCAGGAGGCUGACAAACCUCACAGAAGAAAGGGAGAGAAAACGUACAGCUGUGAUGAGUGUGGAAAGUGUUUUACCCGGGCAGAAAACUUAAAAACACACCAAGUCAUCCACAGUGGAGUUAAAGCGUACAGCUGUGAGUUCUGUGGAAAGUCUUUUAUCCAGGCUGGAGACUUAAAAAGACACCAAGUCAUCCACAGUGGAGUUAAAGCGUACAGCUGUGAGUUGUGUGGAAAGUCUUUUACCCUUGCUCAAAGCUUAAAAAAGCACCAACUCAUCCACAGCGGAGUUAAAUCUUACAGCUGUGACUUGUGUGGAAAGUCUUUUACCCUUGCUCAAAGCUUAAAAAAGCACCAACUCAUCCACGGUGGAGUUAAACCGUACAGCUGUGAGUUGUGUGGAAAGUCUUUUGCCGAGGCUGGACACUUAAAGAAACACCAACUCAUCCACAGUGGAGUUAAACUUUACAGCUGUGACUUGUGUGGGAAAUCUUUUGUGCAGGCGGGAAACUUAAAAACACACAGAAUCAUGCACAGUGGAUUUAAAGCAUACAACUGUGACUUGUGUGGAAAGUCUUUUACCCAGGCUGGAAACUUAUUAAAACACCAACUUAUCCACAGUGGAGUUAAACCUUACAGCUGUGAGUUCUGUGGAAAAUCUUUUGUGCAGGCUGGAAACUUAAAAUCACACCAACUCAUCCACAGUGGAGUUAAAGCGUACAGCUGUGACUUGUGUGGAAAGUGGUUUACCCGGGCAGAAAACCUAAAAAGACACCAACUCAUCCACAGUGGAUUUAAACCUUACAGUUGUGACUUGUGUGGAAAGUGUUUUACCCAGGCUGAAGGCUUAAAAAAACACCAACUCAUCCACAGUGAAGUUAAACCUUACAGCUGUGACUUGUGUGAAAAGUCUUUUGCCCGGGCUGAAGGCUUAAAAAAACACCAACUCAUCCACAGUGAAGUUAAACCUUACAGCUGUGACUUGUGUGGAAAGUCUUUUACCCAGGCUGGAAGCUUAAAAACACACCAACUCAUCCACAGUGAAGUUAAACCUUACAGCUGUGAGUUGUGUGGAAAGUCUUUUGUUCGGGCUGAAGGCUUAAAAACACACCAACUCAUCCACAGUGGAGUUAAACCUUACAGCUGUGACUUGUGUGGAAAGUCUUUUACCCGGGCUGGAGACUUAAAAAAACACCAACUCAUCCACAGUGGAUUUAAACCUUACAGCUGUGACUUGUGUGGAAAGUCUUUUGCCUGGGGUGGAGACCUCAAAAAGCACCAACUCAUCCACAGUGGAUUUAAACCUUACAGCUGUGAUUUGUGUGGAAAGUCAUUUACCCGGGCUGGACACUUAAAAAUACACCAACUCAUCCACAGUGGAGUUAAAUCUUACAGCUGUGACUUGUGUGGUAAAGCUUUUGCUCAAAGUCGAAACUUACAGAAGCAUCUAGUUACCCACUCUGGAAUUAAGGCGUACAGCUGCGACAUUUGUUGUAAAACUUUCAGUGGAAAAAGGUACCGUAAUAUUCACCUACGGAUUCACACUGGAAAUGAUGUUUCCUACUGUGAUCGGUGUGGAAAACUGUUAGCCACACUGAGGAGAGACCUUAUAAAUGUGACCUGUGUGAGAAGACUUUUAAAUCUCCACAUUACCUGACAAGACACCAACAGAUCCACACCAGAAAGUAACUCUAGAAGUGCAGUUACUGUGAGGACGUAUUGAUUUUUUAUCUUGUAAUUUUAACCUGAUUGUUUGUAACAAGUCUGAUCACUAAACUUAUGGCAUUAUACUGAAUGAACAGUUUGGAAAAAUGAAGAGUCACUUUCGCUCGGUAAGCUGAGUGUUAUAAUUUAAACAAUAAAACGUAAUUGGACAUUGGCAGAGAUCACUUACGCUGUCAUUAUUUAGAAGCAGAGCGACACACAUAGAUCCACUUCUCAACCCUGUCAUCACUGUGGUGGUGAGAAAACGUUUCUCUGUGACCUUUGUGGAAAAACCUCCAAUCAUCAACGGGACCUUAAACCACGUCAACGUAGACACACUGCAGACAAAAUGAAGUACUGCAAAGAAUAUGGGAGAGGUUUCCACACACCAAGUACGUUAAAACUCUUCCACAGUGUGGAGAAAAAGCACAUCUGUGACUGGUGUGGGUCAUCCUUUACCACUGCACGUGAGCUUAAAGAACAAGAAUAAGCAAAUCCACACAGGAGAGACACCAUACAAGUGCAGACACUGUGACAAAAGCUUCUCACAAUCAGGUCAUCGUAACAAACAUGAACGUACACACAUGGAAGUGAACUUCAGCUGUGACCAGUGUGACAAGAGCUUCAGGAGUCUCAGUUCAUACUCCGAACACAAACGAUUCCACACUGUAAAUAAACUGUUUCACUGUUACCAAUGUUCAAAAACAUUCACUUCAUUAUCUGCUCUGUCAAACAUCAGCCUGAUCAUGCAGGACUGAAAUCACUGGAUCACAAUGAAUCUGAAGAGAGAGAAAGAUCCUCUUCUGGUUUCAGGGUCAGACUUAAAAACCUUGAGAUCAGGCUCCACAGAGUUCAGAUGGAAUCUCCUGUAAAGAGUGUCAGCUGAUGUCACACUUGGAUCUGAUGAGGUAGCUCUGACUUGCAGUGAAUAAUCCUGAAUGUUACAUUUAGGAAGCUGCAUGUAUAGAUAUGUAUAUCAAGUUUAUGUUUUUUCCUUUGAGGGAUUUUAAUUCUCUGAAAUGUUAUCCCUGUUACAUUUUAAUCUUUGUUCCCUUUGGACACAGUAGUGUUUAGUAGUUUUACUUGUUACUGUAUUAUUAAAGUCUUUUUUACCAAACUCAUAUUGUAUCAAAUCUACUGAUAUGGAUAUAUACAGGGUUCGUACGGGUGCUUGAAAUCCUGGAUAUGCUUGAAUUCAAAUGUCCUCUUUUCAAGGUUUGGAAAGUGCUUGAAUUUCAAAUGUGGUGCUUAAAAGUGCUUGAAAAUGUAACUGUAUUUCAUUCACAAUAAAUAACUAUCUGAUUGAAAUGUUUUCUUAUCAGAUAGAGAAAUAAAAUGAGUCGCAAAAAGCAAAAGCAAAA